AUGGCUCUCUCCAUAGCUAGAAGUUCUUUAGGCGCGUCUCGCCGUAGGUGCCACUGGAGUGGGAGUAUUCAAGAUAGUUACAGCGAUGCCUCCUUGUCAGCUGCGGCUUGCAGCAGAAGCGUUGCCGCUGCAACGGCAACACGGGGUGCGGCAUCUGCUGCUGCUGAUGCGGCUUCUUCGCCAACUGCACGUUCUGCAACGGAGGCAGCAACAUGCAAACAGGGGGGCGCUGGAGUUCUCUCCACUGUCGAAGAAAGCCGAAGCGGCGGCGAAGACUGUCCCCGGAAAGCAUUUGAAGCAGUAGUAAAUGGCGUGUGGGUGUCUGCAGAAGGUGGGGACGCUGCCACUUCUCUCCUUGAGAUAAUCGAGGAGCGCAAGAAGGCCUGGGCGCUGGCAAAGGCAGUGGGGGAAAGGAAGCCCCAAGGUAUAGAAUGCAGCAGUGCUGUGUAUGGACAGAUUAAUGCAGACGAAACCGUCUAUGUCAUCCCAGAAGAGGCUCCCAAUUGCCGCAGUCUUUGCCGCGCGCUCCUGCACAAACACGGAGGCACCUGCGAUGGGGCGUUGGACCCAUACACGUGCUUGAUGGAGCAUCGUUCAGAGCGGUGGUUCCCUCAAGUGUACAGGGAGCGCUGUGUGUUUACGCGGCCUUCGCUGCAGCAACCUGACUUCGAGCGCAGCAGCUGCAGCGAGGAUUGCCUGCGUCGUGGGAUGGCUGCGUGGCUCAGGCUUCUUCGUCGAGGCGAUCUUUCUUGGCAGUCCUUCCUGGAGCAGGUGCCCUACUCCUGCACAUUUACAAGAGUUGACCCCGAAAGAGAUCGAGGGUCUGCACGCGCACAGACGCGUUUCUCGGAGAGUUCGUCACUGCGUGUGUUGCAGAAGGCCAGAACCGCGCGCUAUUACAUCAUACACCGUAGGCUUAACGAUCCAGAGGUCUCUGCUGCGGAGGAGGCGGAGUCGACGGUUGUGCCUGCGGAGUAUUGGGAGGGCCUGGAGGUCGGUGAGAGAAGGGGAUGGUCUGUAGCCAACACCUUCUACGCACCUGCCGACGAAAAAGAAGUGCUGCCGCUCGUGCAGCGCCUUACUGGCAAGCGCAUUGGUCAGGCCAUUUGCCUCUUCAGGGAGCAGCAGGAUGGAGGGAGGGGGCGCUUUGGCAUGGUCCCUGGGCGCUCUUGCGCCGGCUAUAUUGGUGUGUUGUACGUGCUGGCGCUGGAAAAUCGCCCCUCUCUUGGCUUUGACGGGGGCUCUCUGGGGUUUGACUUGUGCGUUUCUCACCGGGUGCUCAAAGAUAAAGUGAUGGCAGAUGAUGCAGCAAUCGAAACGCUGCGGAUACGGACACGGGUGACGGUAGGGACACCCUGCGGGGUCGCGGGGGGCUUAGACAAGGGCCUGUGGGGUGUGGCUUUCUUCGCUGCGCGGUACCCCCAAGCCAGAGGCAUUGAGGGCUUUCCAACCGGGGGCGACUGCCCGUGGCCAGGGGCGUUGCAGUUGGGUGCUAAGUGUUUUCUUAAGACGAGAGGACGCCGAGACGGGGACGCAAAAAACAACUUCUUCGCGGCAAAUGCACAGUGCAGAAGCCUCGCAGCGGCUGUGGGGUUUGACCACGAUGACGCCAGCCUCGCUGCCAUCCAAAACGAUAUGGAAUUCAACCUUGCCGGAGAAAUGGUAUCGGGAGUUGGCGAUUCAUGGAUGGGUUUGUUCCAGCCGGGGCAGUGUCCGUUGGUGUCUCCUGGAGUUGGGGCUACAUGCAGACGCAAAGAAGAGGAUUGCUCGGAGGCAGCCUUGACUUCUCCCGACAAACUCGGCAACCGUCUCAGCGCCAUUGUCGCCUCUUGCCCAGCUGCGCGCACCUGGCCCCCCUGGAAGCCUAUCAGCGCACACUCCCCGCCCACCUGGGACCCCCUAUUCUGUGACGGACAUCCUCAAGCGCUGGAUGGGGAGAAAUUUGCCGACUGCGCAUCCCUUACUCAACAGGGGGCGGGGCCUCCCUGUCUGCGGGCGAGGAGUUGCGACGCCUCGUUAGCGGCUGUCUGCUCCUUGCGCCUCAGGACAGGCCCACGAAUAUUGUCGAAGGGGAACCGAGGAGCGCGGGACGUGCCUCUGGUACUCUGCAGCGACGCGAAGAACUGCUGGCUGACCCUGAAAAUGCCAGAUGCUGACUGGUGGGGGGAGACGGUGGAGCGGCGUCCUCACAAGGACCAACCCUUUCCCCCAGGAUACUUGGCGUUAAUGCGAUUCUGCGGGACUGGCUCAUUUCUUGCCGGCCCGUGGCCGGUGCAACCCCACAUUAACUUGGUAAACGACGCCCGUCUGACGGAGCUGCCAGCUGGAGUGUACGAGAUCUGCUACUGCUCGCCUGUACGGGUCGGAGGUGCAGCUGUCUCCUGUGGUGAGGGCGAACAGUUUACGUUUUUGCGCGGUAUGCUGCAAUUAAGCAACAAUGAGGGCACCACCCGCCUCGGCGCCUCUCCCGCCAGCGGGGUAGGGCCUGUGAGGACUGCUGGUGCGGACGUUUCCUCUGCGGCCUUCAAGCUGUUGGCCGGUGCAGGAGCAACAGAAGCAGCGGGCGUAUUGCUGGAGGCGCUGCCCAGCGAGUUUGGCCCUGAGUUGGUUUUCUGCACAGUGGGAGAGGACAGGCGCACUGACAGCUCUUGCCGUUUCACCCUCCGCAGUGCAGCGGACACAGAGAUAUCUGUCGCUUUGUCUAUUGUGCCCGUUACGGAAGAUGCAGGAGACGGUGCAGAACUGUGCACUCUGCCGGGGAUUACGGUGGCGGUGUCAGUAAAGGGGGAGGCAGAGGUCGAGGUGCCUUCCUUCCUUCCUCGAAGCCUCCAAUACGCGAUCUGCGGGAAUGGAUUUUUUCUAGGGACACUGAUCGUCUCAGCAAUGGUGAAAGCUGGACCCGACGCACUCUCCGAAGGAUUUAGCUUCGCCCAAUCAAGUGAGACAGGGAUCCUACAGCAGCGCGGCCUCCCGCGCUUCCAGCUGCUGCGGGGGUGCACAGCGCUGCUACACCUGACGCUGAAGUUUCCAGACGAGAAGAUAAACAACGCUUUCCUGGAAGUAGUAGUGGAGGGCUUCAGCUCGAUUGACUUGGCAGAGAACGUGGUGCUGUCCGUAAUUGAGGCAGAGACGGUGCAAGACACGAGCUGCAAUCAGCAGCUCGCCACAACGCAGGCUGAUGGCGGCACGUACUCUGGGAAGUUCGACGAAGUGCAGCUGCUGCUGACGUUUACAGUUCCUGCCCCCUCAGUUCGCUCCAAACUCUGUCUUGUCAAUCCCGUCACCGAGUACUUCACGGACAUCACUAGCCUGGGGCAAGCCCCUCUGCCCACGCUUCCUGAGAGGGUCACCGCGGGGGAAGGCCGCUGUUCUUUGGCUUCCAAGGGAGACUGCGUCAUAGGCCUCUACCCGGACGCAAGCACCAUUGACCAGCCCUGGGCAGCCUUUUACCCGCAGACCGUCGCUGUGAAGUUGCUGAAGGGCAUGGUGGAGUGCCCUAGUGACCCUUCGGAUCCCGUCUUCGAAGUCUUCGCAGGGGACGUGGCUGACACGGCGGCUUUGCUGCAGGCAAGCGCGCUGUCGAUGACAUUGACGCAUGCAGACUCCGUCAAGCUGAUGUUUUCCGUGGAACCCAAACUCAAACAGUGGGUUGCCAACGCCGAAGUUGCCACCAUCUGCAUGACACAAGAGGGACUGAAAAACCCAACACAGACCUGCUGGGAGAACGAGCGAUGCACUCAGUUUCUUGGAUACAUGCGCUGGACAGGCCCAACGGCGGGAUACGAGCAGUUCUUCCUGUGUCAGCGCGGACAAGCAUGCGACAUCGAGAUCCGCGGGAAAAACAUGAACUUUCUCAGCAUGCACUUCAGUCGUCUAGCGGCUCUUGACGCUUGUGGGAAAGUCUCAGGAGAAGGAAGCCUGCCUCUUUCGGGAGCUUUGCGAGGCGUGGACCUGUCCUUGCCUUCGGACCAUUCCAGCUUCUCGCAGAUCUCGGCCGCCGGCGAGCGUGUUCAGGAGGCAGAUUCCGCCUUUUUGGAGGUCAUGGAUGAACCUGCUGAUGAGCAGGUAUCGGCGACUGUAUUUCAGGAAGUUAGGAGCACCCAACUCUUUUCGACGACAGUUCACUUCGACCUGAACACUAGUAUCGACCGGGACAGCUUGGAGCUGUGCUGGAACCCCUCAGUGGGCUCUGUGCACCACCUGCUGGACCACACCGUACAAUGUGCGUGCCUGUUCGCUGCAGCUGUAAAGUUACCACCUGCGUUGUUUGACAGUCCGGUUAUGGCCGUGACGCUUCAGAUUUCAGCCCGGCUAGUGCCGCCUUUCCUUAGAGGGUCCACGAAAGUCUACCUUAAGAGAGCCCCCACAGACAAGGACGUGGACACCUGCAGCUUCGCUGAGGACGCGCGGGAAGGAGCGAUCACGGCCUAUCUGUCGGUCUCGGAGGCCAAGGAAACGGACGACGGGCAAAGCUUAGUGACUGUCGUUGCUUCAGUUCAGCAGCAUACUUCCUCUGUCUGCUGGGUUCAGUUUCACACACCAUCUAGCUUCACGGAGGAUUCCGUGCAGACGACCUAUCUCGGGAGGCUUCCAGGACUUGAAUUGCCAUCCUCUGAUAUUGAAGCCACCUGCAGCGUUGACGUAGCUGCCAGCUGCACAGCGACAAGAGCACUGCAGUUCAGUUCGGUGUUAGAUGCGAAUGGGCAAGCGCUGCAAACUCUUGCCUUGCUUCCUCCAAACACGACCGUUGCGGCGGUUCCCCAGGAUGUGUGUCCUUCGACACCUGGGGAGAUCGACUUCACCACUCCUACGAACAAACAGGGGAUUAGUUCGGAAAAGCUUGAGAGCAGCAUCACUGGGAAUUCAGUGACUGUUACUUUGGACCGAAAUUCGCGUCUUCUCAAGAAGCGCGGUUUUGCAGCUCUGUGCAUAGUGGACAACGAUUGCGUAGACCCCGUUGCGAAACCAUGCGUGAAGCAGCUGGGGACUGCUAAGUGGAAAGGACCGACCGCUUCACCCUACACGGAGCAACUCUGCGAACAGCUGGAGGCCGGACGCUGCCGGGUCACAGUUGCAGGCUUUGAAAUGACUUCUCUGGAUUAUGGCGUGCCCAGGUUGGCGCUCUCCAGAAGCUGCGGUGAUGCUAACUCGACUUCGUGGGCUGUGGGUGAGAACGACGGCGCAGAGGAAGGAACAGCAACGUUUCUAGUGCCUGCAGAGGCGGGCACCGGAUACCAGCUGUGCUGGAAUACCAAGGCCACUCCUGGGUCCUCAAAGGAUGCCGACUCCGAUGAAUUCAAGGCAAACUUCAACCUGGCAGUGUCCAGCAUCUCGUUUCUACCUUUCCCCAUCGUAAAAGCGCGCAGGGUUAGUAGGAGGUCUCCAUAUUCUGCUAGUGUGGUGGUUCAAGUAAGCGCUUUGCUGGACGAGAAGACGGCCAAAGAGUUUGGAGGACGUGCUCCCAAGCAAGGCCUGUGGUGCAGCAUAAGCGUCGACGCCUUCACGGACGGCUCUAGCUGUAGCAGCGGCAGCAAACUCGUGACCCAGCCCCAGGCACAAGUGACUUUCGAGAAAGUCAUGAUUCGCAAUCGCCAAGACGGUUCACCGGUGGAAACAGGCACAGAUGGCACAGAGGCCACGGUGGCCAUCAUGUCCUUCGAGAUGCAGGCGGGAAAAACGCCCACCACCUACUGCUGGACUACCAUGUUUUCCGGAGGAACGUCUGUUCCCGUCAGGAAAAGUUGGACACCCCUGGUAAGCGUCUCGGGGCCUACGCCUGGACACCUUGGAGGGUCCAUCUCAAACACUGCGAUCGCCUUGGGCUUUGUUCCGUGCAUGUCGGGCAGCACAGAGGCAUCUGCCUGUAUCUUCGGCGUGACUGCUAGGCCACCAGAUGACCCUGCCUUAUUUCCUACCAACGAGGUCAAACAAAGCAGUGUGAUUUUGCUCCCUGGGGAAACUGAAUGCCCCAGCAAAGACAACUCUAUCUAUAAGAGUGCUGUGGGGCUCGAGGCCUCGGAGUUAAGUACCAACUCGCCGUUGAGCCUCUCAGCCGAGCCGAUAUCUGAUGGUGAGGUGGUGGAGUACGCGACCUACAGGUUUGGCUCUGCAAGAGCCUGGCUAUCUGAGAACGGCUCCGCCACAAUAUGCUGGCGGGACGAUGGCACUGGCGAAUCGAUCAAAAUCGCUAAUGUGCUCUGGGUAGGGCCUCUUUUCAAGCGGAAGCCCAUACAACUAUCUUGUUCUCACAGCGGCGCAUGUCCAAUUACCGUUCAAGGCAAAAACCUCACAAAGUUAGACCACUCUUUCAGUAGGGUGGCGGUUCUCCAGAAGUGCGGAGAGGCCAGGGGCCUUGGAACUGCACAGCUCCGAACUAUCUUCCACACGCGCUGCAAGCGAGGUACGACUCCUGAGUUUGUGGAGGCUCGGUGGGUAGAUACGCGGGGAGUUUGCGGGGAGGUGGACGUGGCGGAUUUGUUGAAUGCUCAUUGCAAAGGCAGGAGGCUUUGCUUCUUUAUUCCCGUGGCUCGUAUUCCUUCUGAGUCAGCCGGAGGCAAAAACGCUGCCUUGCAGGUGUCUGUGCCAGACACCUGUGAAGACACUAGCUCAAGGAAGCUUUUUGGCGUGUAUCGUUGCGUUGAUGAUACAACCUCUUCGACGAACGGAGAGAACGGUUCAGUAGGCGAGCUCGAGGAGGGCUUGGUGAUGGUGGAGCUUUCCACCAAAAUCCAGGUCAGGGACACCGCAAUCGAGGAUGAGGGAGCAGGAUCAGGGCAUGAAUCAGGAACAAAACUACGACUACAAGCAUACAAAAAACGAGGACCAAAACUAUCACCAGAACCAGGACCUGUAGCACUACUACAAUUACAAGAACCAGAACAGGGACUAGAAUCACCUUCCGACAGAAACAGCUCUACCUCCAAUGAAAGCUCUUCUGUCUCCGAUGAAAGCAUUUCAUUCUGGGCCCCUCAAGGUUCUCCAGGACUUUAUGAGAUUUGCUGGAACCCUCAUAUCUCUCCUAACCACGACCCUUCCGCGUACUCAGAGUCUCUAGGUAUCAUUGAGGUGUUCCCUGUCCUCUCCAUUGUGGAUGAAGCGGUGGUUUGCUCGGGAACAGAACUUUCCACUUGCACCCUGCAGGUGACUGUGGGCGCUCAAGAAACGAUUGACGAUGGCCAAUCGUUCGGUUUGCUGUUAGAAGAUCAAGAUGGGGCUGCAACUUGCGGGAAAGUUACUGAGGAGCAGUGGGAUGCUGUCGUCUUGCCCCACCAGUCGUCGUGGAGUGGAGCGAGCUACCUAACCGAACUGACAUAUUCUACGCAGCUUCCAACUGAGAGCCGGAAGCUGUGCAUUGUGGCUGUGCAGUACGUAGGAAACGUUCCAGGACCGUCCGCUCCUACAGAGCUCCCCGGUGGCGAGGCAGUUUGCUUAAAUGGUGAUACGGAGCACUGCCAUGUUAAAGUUGCCCCUGAAGACGCCUCCAAGUAUUACAUUCUUGACAACCGCAUACCGGACGAAGACGAAACCAGCCCUUCUUUCGAUGCAUUCGCCAACUUGAAACCGCACCUCGAGCCAGACUCAAGCGUCUAUGCGUUUCAAGGCGAUGUCGCCUGUCCCGAGAGCCAGUCCGAUGAAAGGUAUUUGAAGGCAACGACAGUCCCCGCUGAUGGUGUAACGAAGUUAGCUUUAUCAGCCUCAGAGAUAGAUGGCCUAACAUUUCGCUUCACGGACGAGCAGACAGCAUGGCUUACCUCCUCCACGGGUGUAACCUUAUGCUGGGCACUGCCACUGUGCUCUGAAGACCCUCUGAAGAACGGAUCCCGGCCAUGCACAAAGCGACUUGGAACACUUACGUGGGCCGGCCCCGUCGUCCAGAAACCGUUGCCAACAGUCCGAUGCAGGCUCGGGCAACCUUGUGCAUUCGUAGUGGUAGGGACGAAACUGGCGGCGAUGAAUCACGAGAUUAGUCGAGUGGCUUUUGUGAAGUCUUGCGGGAGCUCAGAGGGUCCUGGCAUUGGCAUCGUGACGGAGUUUCCCCGAGGAUACACUUCCGCCAGCUCUGAGGGGAGCUGGGUGAGCGGGUCGAGUUUUGCUGAACUUAAGUCAAGGCGAACAAGACGCGGAAGCAGUUACCUGAGGGGCAGGGAGAAGCGUUUGCCACGCCUGGAGGACAGGAUGUUAUCUUUGUUACAACAGGACGAUCAGGAGCUUUUCUCAGUUGACAGCAUGACUGUCAUUUCGCCGCUGCCUGUGGACGACAGUCUGGCAGUAUGUUGGAACCCCUUGCGGACUCCCACAGACCAGCUGGAAGACUUUACCUUGGAGAUUGGCAAGGCAUUUGGCUACGGCAUCAGUGAAAUAACUGCCUUUUGUACUUCGGGCUCCGUUUGUGGCGUCGACGUCACUACGAAGGGCUCUUUCCCGGUUGACGGAGUUUUAAACAUAAGGGCUUUCAAAGAGUUUUGUGGAUAUGAAUCUGCGGCUGCGCUAGAACUCCCGGACGGCGGACAAUUCAAGUUCUUGAGCGGAACAAUCUACACAUUUUCUUCGGCAAUCGGCAUGAAGGAGCCUGAGCUGAUAACCUAUGAAUUGUGCUGGUGUGACGAGCAAUCCACGCCUGAGUGCAACGUGACCAACUACAUCGAACGCGUUGGUUCUCUGCAGGUUCAGUCCAUGCAGCAGCUGCAGGUGAUUUGCAUAAAGGAUGCAAGCAGCAUAUGCAGAAUAACUCUUCCCGCUAGCAUGGAGAGAGAUUCCCUUUUGUACAUCUCCAAGAUGACGAGCAGUUCGCCAGCCACGUGCACUACCCCCUACUACCCUCUACCAACAGGACGCGGAGUUGUCAGUGGGGACAAACUUGAAAUAAGCGUUGCUUUCAGCUCCCUGGAAGCCACAGGUCUGGUUGACUUGCCCCUGGCCAUUUGCUGGACCCAGAAUUCAGACGCCACAAAGAGUAUUCCUGAAUGGAGUAGUUCGUUCAUCGGUACACUGAUCUUCGUCGACCCUCACGCCAGUGCAAAUACCACAUUUGCUGGCGUGCCCCCCAUCAUUCGCGUCGAUGUUACUGGCUUGACCAGCGAACAAAAGACAGAAGACGGCUUGCCGCUCCCUUUGCAGCAGCUGUACCUCAAGGACAAGGGAACGUGCGCGUCUUCAACAUCAAGUGUUGCUUUUCCUCUCAGUGUUCAGUCAGUAGAGGCAGUGAAAGGAGGAACCGGCCUUCAAAUAACCUUUGGGACGUCGGACCUUAUUCCGAUUGUCCUCCAGGAGGUAGAAACAAGCGUGCGUGAGCUUUCUCUCUGCUGGUGCUAUAACGAUUCAAUGUGCGUCAACUCUGAAGAUUUUGACUCAGAGCUUUCAAGAGUGGCUUUCCGUGCUCCAGCUUCAGGGGUGUCGCACGAGUGUACGUACGACACUACCUGUUCCCUGGGCAUCAAGGAUAUCCCGAUGACGGAGUUCGCGUCGUUCCUUCCCCAACUCCUUAUCCGGCCUGACUGCGCAGUCGACUCGGCGGAUGAUGGACUUCCAGAUGGCGGAACGAUGGCACUGCGAUUGACAACAGAGAAGCCGACUCCGACUGACGGGGACUCCGGUUCUCCAUUUGAAGACCACAUGUAUGGAUUCAGGUCUCUGGUGAAUCGCGAGCGGGCUCUAGGUGGAAUGCAGCAAGUGCAGAAAAUGAUAUGCUACUGUACUGACUCAACAGCAUGUACACCGGAUCGCCUAGUGAACAUUGGGACAUUGACUAUAACGGACGUAUGGAACACUGAGUUUCGGGUGUCUUUAGUGCAACCCAUUCAGCUGCCGUUUACUGUCCACAGUCCACUGAAGCAGCAAGACAGCCAGCGGAGACUGUUGGUAACGCGAGGGGAAAAUUCGCUCCCUUGCGUCUUGGAACAGCAAGCUGACAUCUGCACAGUCAACUUUCAGGACUUUCCGGCGGACACCUUGACAUCUCCUGACCCGGCUAGUCUCCAAUAUUACGAUUCGAGCCUUCCCCAAGAUACCGUUGACACUCGCCCAGUUCCAUACGUGGCAAUAGCUUCUCUAGUUCCAGCAGGUCCAUGGAAGGCGGACUACGCGUUUACGUGCGUUGUCGGAGGAAACUGUGAGGUUACAAUAGAUGUCGUAAACUGGAAUGCAGAAGACAAAGUAGCCUUGCUGUCACGUUGCGGACACGGUGGAACGGGCGAAGUGGGCUUCAACCAGACCUCAGAGGGCGCCGACGGGAGCUCUACUUCAGUCGUUUUCCGAUGGACAAGCCGUUUGGAACUCUCGGCCAGCCAAAUGGAAACUGGCCUUGAGCUGUGUUGGAAGGCAGUCGAAGAUGCACUGUUUCCUCUUGGCGCCAUCAGUGAUUACACUGCGAAGUUUGGCACUGUCUCGAUUGCAGGCGUUUUUCCCAACCAAGACGCAUCUUGUUACGUCGGUCAGAGGUGCAUAGUUAAGAACCUCAAGGCACAGAACCUUUCUAAUGGCACGCAUGUCGCAGUGCUUGACGGGGGUUGCGGUCAAGAUGGGGUAGAGUGGAGCCUUGCUCCAAACGGAGGACUUAUGGUCACAGACACUGUCAACCCGAAGAAAAUAACUGUUUCCUUUCCGGGAAGGCUACCAGUAAUGGAUACCGGCUCGUUAGUAAUGUGCGGGUGUAGUGAACGUGAGUGCACAACUUUACAAGACUAUGGAUGGCGCAUAGGGGAAUUGUCGAUUAAAGGGCCAACCUCCCACGCACCCCACUUGGAGGUGUUUGCAACUUCGGAUAUUCGCCUGUCGUUGUCGGGGGAUUUCGAUGACAUGUUCUACUUGCUGUUAAAGGAAGGGGUCAGCUGCACAGCUGGUCGAGCAGACCCAUCCUGGAACUUGCAAGGGUUUUCACCAAUUACUGAGGGAAAGGCUGCGUGGGCGCCCUUCAACACGGGUGUAGGGCCCCUUUCCAUAUGCAUUUGUCACGAUAAGGUGACCGGCCUUUCGGAUCCUUUUGGAAACCCAUCUGAAGUCCCAACCACCUGCGAGAAAGCGUCAAAUUACGCAGUCAAAGUCGGCCAAGUCUUCGUCAAUGGACCGGUUAAGCACGACACUAAAUUUACCUGCCGUUCAGGCGACUCUCGGGUUGGAGAGCAAACCGAGUCAACGGAUCCGGACUACCCGAUUAUCUACGAGAUACGUGAAUCUGCUUUUAUGUUUCACGAUCUUGUGGACCUAGGGGCGGGAACGCAUAACCUGUGCUGGAAACAAGCUGGUGCCACCACGGGUGUGACGCUGGGAACCUUUACCAUUGAAGUUGAAGUCCCUACGAACAGCAUCAUCCCCGAUGAGGAGGCUGCAAACUAUCGCAUUCGAGCGUACGCCUACAAAGGCAGCGACAUAUUCAGGAACUUUUCCUGCGGACAGCAGGCAGAAGAUGAUACUGCUCCCGCCGUAUUCGGUUGCUCACCAGCGACUGGACCUCCUACAGCGGUGAAGAACAGUGAGGCCGGCAGCAUCCUCAUAUGGGAAGACGUGUGCGUCAUCGUCGAUGAAUUGUACACGGAAGCUGUGGCAGGUGAUAAGUAUGGCAUUUGCUUUUGCGAUGGAAAUCUACUGGGCUGCGACACUGCAGAUCGAUAUCAGCUCCUCGUGCAAGCCUGGGAGUUGUCAGGACCAAGGCCGCUGGAGCAGGAUGUUCUGCCCCGUUACAGAGCGGGAGUUCGAUUCUCUCUGAGUAUUGAAGGGGUUAAAUUAAUAGAUGAUCCAGCCAUUAUGCUAUCGCCAGCUUUUGAUCCUCUCACCAGCACCCGGUUCACUUGUCAGAGCGAUGGUAAGCCUGAGAUGCGCAAGUUCGUCGGCACUGUAGCUGCUGACCGCGCGCUUGCUACGUUCACCGACGUCUAUGUCCCCUUCACGAUAUCUCAAGGACUGUUUUGCUGGUGCCCUGGCGGCGACUGCUCAACUGCGAAUGAAUUCACUGUACAGCUCGGCCGCUUUGGCGUGACAGGCCCCACGUUCAUUGCACCACGCAUAGUGGUGGGUAGUUACUUCACCGUUCAGCUAAUAGGGCCGAGUCUCGAAACAAACGACGCCAUUAGUAUCCGCGGUCCGACUGACAUUUGUGGGGACCCUGGAACAGAGAAUAUGGAUCCAGGAAUUGUAAUGGAGGAGACAAACAGGACGUUGAACAGUUUGGGAACAGUCGAGUCAUUUUCUGUUUCAGAGAAUAGCGUUUCAGGUGAGCCGGAAAUGACGUGGACUUCAUGGGGAAUACGCAUCAAGGCAACAGUCCAAGGAUACAUGAAAAUAUGCUACUGCCCGUCAACAGAGCAGGAAUGCGAGUCUUCUGGAGGCAAGUUAGUGCUUGCCGGCUUACUGGAGACACGUGGGCCAUCCAAAGGAGACAUCGAGCUUGUUGCUUCUGACGAAUAUGGAGAAUACCUUAUAGUCCGUGGUACCAACUUGUCAACUCGGAACCUUUUGAGGUACUUCCAAUAUACACCUCUUGAAGGCACGACAACUGCUGAACAGGAGGCUGACAUCUGCUCAAAUUCGCUGAACUUGAGCGGAGGAGUUACCACGUUCCCUGAUGCUAUAAAUGCAGCCGGCACCGAGCAAUACUUCUCAGUGACAGUUUCUGUGGGAUUCCAGCAAGGUGUUCAUAACGUAGUUCUGGGACACGAAGACACUGUGGUCAUCAGUGGAGUUAUAAACGCAACUGAUACCUACGAGGUGGCACUUGGACUUAAUAGGGAUAUGAGCGAAUGCUCCCAAAUAUUUAAUUCUAGAAAGUUUCGAAGUGACAUAGGCGUCACUACAGUUUCUGUCUCCGAAAGCCGAAUGGUUCUUCAAAUGGAUGCCGCAAAGGAGCAGGGCUGGCACAAAAUCUGUGUUAGGAAUAAAACUGCUUCUUUGGUCUUUGAUGCCGGGACGGUAGAAGUGACCACAUACUUUCAGAAAUCAGGGAUGGAUAUGUAUGAUACUCAGAGAACAUUCGUACUUCCGUGCCUUACAGGGACAAAAAAUUCAUUCAAGGAGCAAGUGCGGGAAUUCCCCCAAGUUUGGUUGCCAGACGGUACAGGCUUGUGGACCGCUAGGGUGGUCGUUGGAGUGCCGCGAACUGAGAAGGAAUACUCAAGGCUUCAGGUCAACUCGUCACCGAAGGAGAACUUCAUUGAAUUUCCGCAACUACGGAACGUUCUUGCAUGCGACACGACAAAGGACCAGGUGGUCCUUGUUUUAGGAGCUACCCACAUGUUGAUGCUGUACCCAGACAGUGAACGGCCUCCUGACGUAAUCAAUCACGGCGUGCCGUACCCGGCUGAUUUGGCUCAUGCUGGUAACCAAGUCUUCAUAACCAGCUUUGAUAGCCACUUGAUCACCUCCUUUAGCAUAGCGAACCCAUCCAAAAUCAUCUUCUACGAACCGACGAAUCCGACACUGCUAUCUGCAGGGGGCAUACAGGCAAUCGCAAACAUCGAUGGCAGUGAAACGUCUAUUUUCGUCGCGGACACAGUCGGGGGUAUCAUUGGCCGGCUGAAGAUUUUGCCAGAUGACCUGGACAAAACACAACACGGUGGGAAGAUAACUAGGGAGUGGACUGCAGUCUUCGGGAAGCAGAAGUCGGAUUUCCGCAAUACAGAGGGUGUGAAUCGUCCGUUUUGUCUCGCUGAGUUUGUAACUCCGUAUUCGACACAAGAGAACAUGAAUUCGUUGCUCGUUGUCGGAGAGCUUAUCUCCGAUCGCAUCACGUUCCUAAGCAUAGACAACAUGGGCAUUUCCUUCUACAGACAGAUCACUUUGGGAGUGACGAAAUUUAUAACAGGUCUUCGCAUCAUAGAUGAAGUCUUGCUUCUGACGUCCAAACAGUGGUCUGUAGAACAAGAACUUGGGCGAGCUGAAGUUGCAUAUAUAACGCUGAGCCAGCUGAUAGACAACGUGUACUUUACGUACCCGGACUUCAGCAAGAAGCUUCAGGCUGGUCUUCGAUAUCGUUUCUUGCCCUUAGUGACAGGCCAGGAGAUCCAGUUCUUUAAAGAGGAUGCAGAAGCGGGGGACCCCCUACAAUCCAUUGGUUUUACCCUUGACUCGAAAACAGGCGAAAUCCAGGGGACGCUUACGGCAACUGUUACCUCAAGGGUGGUGAUUGUGGGUGGUGACUUGCUGGGGUCUUACACGUGGUCAUUUGAGUUCGAAGCAGGGUGCCAAUCUGGCGAGUAUUUUAAUGAGGCGUCAAACAAGUGCGAACCGUGCCCCCUAGGGACGUUCCGUGACGAAGAAACUGAACUUCAGCGUUGCCAGGACCACAAAGCCUACAGCACGACUCUACAGACGGGAUCAACGAAUUUGUCUCAGUGCACCUGUAUCGAAGGCUACGAAAUUGGGCUUCUAGGGUAUUGCCAGCCCUGUCCGGCAGGAACAUACAAAGCCAUAGCAGCAGACGCAAAAUGCACGGGGCGAUGUCCUCAGCAUAUGUACAGUGGGAAAACGGGCGCGGCAAGUUUGGAAGACCUUAACUGCCAGUGCGAACCCGGAUUUUAUCUGUCAGAAAAUGGGUGUGAAAGCUGUCAGGUCGGGACUUACUGUGAAGGAGAUUUGUCUCCACCUGUCCAGUGUCCGGCCUUUGAAACUACAUCUUCUUCCGCGAGCUCUAAGUUUAGCGACUGCGUUUGCAUAGCUGGGUGCCCCAAGGGAUACGGUAAAGUUGCCAGCAGAAAUCCUCUGGAUCUGAGUCUAGCGUGCAUGCCAUGCCCUGUUAACUACUUCCAGCACAUGGACGGCUCAGAGGCCGAAUGCAUGCCUUGCCCGUCGAAUUCCAUGACGAAAUCUACGAAGUCUUCGAGCAUAACGAGUUGCGUUGCUCUUCCGGGAUACGGUGCCCUAGAGAACUUGCAAGCUCUAUCUCACCGUGUGGAGAGGAGCGACACGGAUGACUCUAGCACGAAUACGUUUUUGGAGGCAAUUGAGCUUGCCAAGGACGUCGAAAAAGCUUAUGAAUCGCUUUACGCAGAAGACCUUCUUGCUAUCAACGUGUUUUGUAAGGAGGAUAUCAGCUCAGUUCAAGAAUAUGAUAUGGCGGAGUUCGUCACCAUGCAAUAUGCUCUAUCUUUUGCAGAAUGCCAAGCUGCUUGCUUAAAGAAUGUCUACUGUACCAGUUUUUCGUUUUCCAAGGAAGACAGAUUUCCAACUCACACCAACACUGUUAUGAACUACACGGGCAUUUACUUCUACUCCUUCUGGCCUUGUCAUCUGUACAUGUUCGGGUCAGCCGCAGCAGCAGACGUCGAGAAUUGGAAAGACACGUGGGAGGGAACUGAUGUGGAGCCAGGCAAGGGAGUAGCGUGUGUCGUGGGCCGGGUCAAGGACGAGCUUACUUGGCAAAGGUUUCGUUACGUGGAGUGCCCACAGAAUGCAUAUUGCCCAGGAGACAAGGACGCCAGCAUCUUUGAAUGCCAGGAUUACGCCGUGACUCUCAGCACGGGGGCAUAUUCUCGGGAGCAUUGUCUAUGUGUCCCCGGUCGGGAGCCCGUGGGGCACAUGUGCGAACAGUGCAAGCUGGGAUUCUACAAGAAUGCCACCGAAAAUAUUGCAUGUACGGAGUGCCCACAGUUUUUCACGACCAGCAUCACCGCGAGCACAAGUGCGUACGAGUGCACCUGCCAAGCGGGCAUGUACAUGGCGCCUCCAGGCACUACAGAGGAAACAGAACAGACGGACAAGAUUGACCAGCCAGAACAAAUGGGACCCACAGAGCAGACGGAUGGAGCUUUAGAGCCCCCUUCACCAGCUGCAUUAGAACCGGCAGCUCUUCAGACAAUUGUCCAUGCCAGGUCGAUUCGGGAGCUAGGCAGGCAUGGAGAAAUGGAGCCAGUGUCACCCGGUGGGACGUCGAUGUUACAACUAGGGCAAUUGCCAUGGCUGGAAGAAGAAACUCGAGAACAGCUGGAAAAGGUAGUAGAAUUGGGUGUAUGCGUGCCCUGCCACACGGGAAUGUUUUGUCCGGGCCACUGGAAAGAUCCGCCUACAAAUUCUACUCACAUGCCUCCACAGCAGUGUAUUGAGGGAUCCAGCGUCCCGCAGUCUACCGUUAAUGCAGAUUCUGUUGAAAAGUGUCUGUGCCUUGCGGGGUAUGCCUAUGGACGAUCAUCGGACGCUGCUGUAACGUCAGAUUCAUACUUUACUUGUAGCAAGUGCCCUCCUGGCACAUACAAGGAAUUACAAGAAAACUCUCCUUGCUCUGGCCGUUGUAUGAAGGAUGCUGAAACGUAUCCUGGGGCAAUGAGCAAGAGCCAGUGUUUUUGUCAGGUGGGGCGCUAUGCCGUCGAGACGGAUGACUCUGAAGGCAUGUUCAGUUGUGUGGAAUGUAUUACCGGAGGCGUUUGCGUCGGUGGCUUCAAGCAAAGCGUUAUUAAGGCGAUUGAGGAAAACCCCAGCUAUACGAACAUCACCAUCGCGGACCACACCACUCCAUACCCGCAGAAGGGAUGGUUUGCAACUUUCAAGACUAACGCUGAUGAACCUUGGAGGCCUAAUUGGUUGGCGUUUACAGCGGAUUCUUCAAAUCAGACUUCUGGUGUUUUCGACUUGACCACUGCUGCUGAUGAGAACGGUGGCACUGCCUUUCUCCAAAACACACAGUAUGAUAGGGUCCCCGACAUUCACCCCUGUCCUGUAGACUAUAGAUGCCAUGGCGGCCCGUCAAAUGCUUGCGCCGAAGGAGGGUCCGGAUACCUUUGUAGCACAUGCAAAAGGGGCUACGACAUCUCUACCCACGGAGGGGUAUGCACCAAAUGCCAGCCUAUUUGGUUUGAAAUCGCCUACCUCAUCACGUCGAGGCUUGUUCUCUGCGUCAUCGCGUGGCUCAUAGCUGCAAUCAGCUGCCUUGCCGUACGAAAUCCUGCCUGCAUCCAUCCCAUUUUAAUCCGGAUCUGGUUGUCUAACUUGUUCGUAUUUUUUCUUUUCGGCUUCUUCCCUGAAAAUAGUGUCUCUGCGUUGGUAGAUUGGGCCCCGAUGUACAGGGCUAUGUUUACAUAUCCCAUCUUUAUAUUCAACAAAUACCCCAAGGUGUUCUGCAUUCUCGAUGAGUUAGGUUUCCCGUUGGAUUUCAAGAAGUCUUGGUAUCUCCAGAGAUUUGCUCAAAUGCUCGUGCCAGUUCUGGAUGUGUGCAUUACUACGGUGAUAUGCGGCAUUGCGCUGAUCCUUUACAAGCUAUACAGGCGCUCCAAGAUCCAGAGAGUUUCGCUAGUGCUAAGCCAUGCUCAGGAAGUCCAUGCAAGCGACAUUUGGGCGAUGCGUACUGUGGAAAAGAUAGAAGACAUGCGAUGCCUUGGGUUGUUCCACUAUAUCUCUCCUGCUGGGGCGACGCGUUCUCAGAAGAUCCUCCGCUUCUUUGGUGACCUAGUUCCAGCCUUCAUGGUCAUCUGGUUUUGGAAUUUGCCAUUCCUUGUUAUUGAGUGCACUCAGCUCCUGGGGUGUGUUUCAAUUGCGUACAAGGAUGAACCAGCCAUGUACUUCUUGACAGCCCUACCCGAACAAGAAUGCUCUCUCAGCGAGCCGUGGUUUGUGGCUGGUGCCAUCCUUGGAAGUAUCGGCAUUUUGGUCUGGGGAAUUGGCAGCGUCAUCGUCUUCUGCGUAUGGAUGCUUUACACGGACAACGCUGAUAAGUUGGAGGCAAGGUUCCGUUAUGGAUUUCUUUCCAAUGGCUAUGAAUUUCAGUAUCGAGCAUGGGAAAUGUUCCUAAUGGCGCGCAAACUGGCAUGCGCCUGUCUCCUAACAUUGCAACUCCAUAUGAGUGCAUCGGGAACUCAGGAGGUUUUCAGGAAUUCUGUUAACCUCCUGAUUGUCACAAUGUGCUUAAUCAUCCAGCUGCUGAUUGAGCCUUACGACCGGCGAAGCCACAACCUGACAAACCGGGUGGAGUUUAUGGGCCUACUAACCAACGUCAUCAAUUGUAUCAUUAUUCAGGGAAGUUUCUCCUUCCCAAUUUUCAGUUGGCUAGGGCCGCUACCGAUUAUUUUGUGUGGGUUGUUUCAUUUGUACGUCUUAUGGAAUCUGUUCGUGGAGGCUGGGAGAAUGGUGCUCAUGCGCCCACAUCUGGCAAGGCUGCCGUCGCCUUGGAGGUACUUCAACCUGGUGACUCGCUCACUCGCCAGAUUGUAUACUCGAGGACAUGCCAAGGUCUACUACAACUACAUCACCAGUGAGAUGGUGCUUGAGGCGGCAGCCAAGUCGCGGGUCUUCCACAUUCGCAGGAUGAUUCAGAGGAAGAAGAAGCUUACGGACUACAGAAAGAUCAAUUACGAAAACAGAACGUAUUUCGUCUCGGCCCUCACUGAUUCUCUCUCAAGGUUAGUCAUUUCUUGGUGUCAGUUUACUAUUCCUGGCGACUGGUUGGACUUUACCAUUCGCUAUGCGUUCUGCUACUGCUUCUGGAUGAGGCAUCGAGCUGCCAGCAAUCGAGAACCUCUUGACUUGGAAGAGUUCGAUGCAAUGCGGCCUUCCCUGUUUAACGAGUGCUACGUUGAGACGGAGGAUGGAGACGACGACGGUGCUCUAGACCCAGAGACUCAAUGCAACGAAGUAGAAGAGGAAUUUUUAGACAUGCUCGUUGACGACGACGUGUACGAUGAUAGUCCAAUCACUCUCAUGGAGUUAUACGUAGCAGUGCAGUCCAUGCGUUACAUUCCAAAAGGGCAGCUUCGCCGACUUCACGUGUGGUACCGCGAGAGGAUGGCUGCCGCUAGCAGCUCGGACAUGCCCGCACUGCGCAAAGAGAAUGAAGAGCUUGAGGCAGAGCUGCAGCAGUUGAGUGAGGUGCUGCGCAACCGUUUUGGCUCGCCAGGAGGAGAUACAGUGUCUUUUAACAUUCUGGACUUCUUCUUUGCCGUCGAAAUAUUACACGAAGCUGAGGCAGAGAACUCCCGCAUCAGGAGGGAUAUCGACAAGGAAAUCGCCAGCAUCAUGAAUGCCCGUGCAGCCCGUUCGGUGGCAGAACGAGUUCAGAUGGAACUAGAAAAGACGGAUGGAGAAGAGCUAGAGGACAUCCUGAGAUCGUUCGAUGAGGCCGCGGAGAGGACAACAGAGGCGAAGGCCCGUCUAGAAUACCUAGAAGAGGCCGUCGGGGACAGCAAGCGGAAAGUGAAAUCGCGCAGGAAGGCGUCUAAGGAGCUUUCGAAAAAGCGUGUGGUUGUGGGAUCCAGACGCUUGAGCAUAGCGGAGGAACGGAGGCGCAUCCUUCGCCCAACCAUCUCGAAUCUUGAUGCUGGUGGCACCCGUAAGUCGUUAUCUCCAAUCGUGAUUGAGAAAUUUUCUGGUGGCCGUACCAUUUCGCCUGUUGGCUCGGGAGAUGGAUCUGGGCGUCGGCGCAUCAGUGUCAGUGAUGCUGACAAUGGAAAAUCAAGACGUAUCUCUCUCUCCCCCUUACCUGGCAGUGCAUCUGAAGGAAGGAGGCUAGGGGUGCGCACGUUACAAUCCCACAGCAUCAGUUCAGAUAGCGUUGACAGCUCAGUAAGUGGCCGGAGGACCGUCAGAAGCGCUUCCCGUUCGCUGUCGUCCGACCACCUCUCUUCGGGUGAGGAUGAGAAUAGAGCACCAAAGAGAACUGCCAGAAUGGCUUCUCCUCCUGAACCAGUCGUACCGGCUGAGGGCCAGCCAAGUUUUGGACAGCAAGAGUCUCGGCGCAGGGUAAUGCGUGUCGGGAGUUCCGCAUCAUCAGAAUCAACCCAAGCUGGGACAAACGCUGGGGUAACCGAGGCGGCGCCAAAGAGAGCCAUUGGAACAACACGCUCACAAAGCUCCGAGCCCCUUGAAGGAACGCACCCAUCUGCUGAAUCUGAGUCCCCUGCACCCACUGCAAAGCGGUCCAUUGGGCUGUUUAAACGGCCACCUGGACCUAAAGAAGACAAACCGUAA